AUGGCCCGCACCCUCCUCCUCGCCGGCCUCCUCGCCGCCGCCGGCGCCUCCGCGCAGAGCCAGUUCGCCUCCCCCAAGUUCCAGUACCAGGGCUGCAUCCUCGCCGACUCGGCCAACGCCUUCCCCUUCCAGCCCCCGUCCAUGAAGGCCUUUGGCACCUUCUCCGCCGCCGACUGCCAGGCCGCCUGCGAGGCCGCCGGCGCGACGCACGCCGCCCUCGGCAACGGCGGCUGCCACUGCGACGACCCCAAGGCUGCCGCCGCGUCGAGCCCCAACGCCAACAACAAGAUGGCCCUCCCGCCGCAAAACUUCAAGCCCGUCGACGAGGCCGAGUGCCAUACGCCGUGCCGUGAGGGUGAGGCCCAGGCGGGCAAGUGCGGUGGCUGCACGGACAAGUUCGUCUACAACUUGUACUCGCGCGUCGCUGGCGCCGCCCCUGUCCCCGUUGCUGCUGCUGCCGGAGACCCGGCCGCCGAGUCUGCGGCCAAGGCCGUCGCCGCUGUUCCCACGCCGCCGCAGCAGAACCGCAAGAGCGAGGACGGCAAGGAGGACUGCAACUGCGCCGAGUCCAAGGCCGAUGCGGCUUCCAGGGCCGACCCGGCGACCAAGGUGGCGCCUCCCCCUCCUGCGCCGCCCGUUCCCACCACCAUGGCCAAGGUCGCCGUCCUGACCGUCACAGAGCCGUGCACCGACAGCACCGCCAAGCCCGUCACGCACGCCGCCGUCGUCUCCUCUGCUCCCCCCGCCCCGCCGGUGACCAAGGCCAUCGAGGAUCCCGCCACGCGCACCGUCGAGGUCUGCCCCGGCGGGUCGGCGGCCGGCUGUGACCCCAAGCCCAAGCAAAAGGACCAGACGACGACGCUCACGACCAUGAGCCGCGUCACCGACGUUGUGCGCCCGAGCCGCACGACCGCCAUCGCGGACCCCUGGACGCAGUCCGCCAGCAACACCACCAAGCCGGCGAACCACUCCUCCAAGCCCGCCGAUCCGCCCGUCAGCCACCCCUCCAAGCCUGCCGACCCGCCGGCCAUCAUGAACGCCGGGGCGGCGCUGCGGCCUCUGGGCCGGUUUGCGGAGCUGGUCUGCGCCGGUGCGUUCGUCUUGGCCGUGUGCCUGUCAUGA